AUGUCUCAGCCAACCUCUUCCACUGACAAGUCACAAUUGCCGUUCACUGAACAGCAUUACUUCUCUUCUUAUGACCAUUUCGGUAUUCAUGAAGAGAUGUUGAAGGAUACUUCCAGAACCUUAUCUUACCGUUCAGCCAUGUUCAAGAACAAGCAUCUUUUCAAAGACAAGAUUGUUUUGGAUGUUGGUUGUGGUACUGGUAUUCUUUCUAUGUUUGCUGCCAAGGCUGGUGCCAAGCACGUCUACUCUGUCGACAUGUCUAACAUCAUCGACAAGGCUAGAGAAAUUGUCUCCUUGAAUGGAUUUGAAGACAAGAUUACCUUGUUGCAAGGUAAAUUAGAAGACAUUGACUUGCCAGUCAAGCAAGUUGAUAUCAUUGUUUCUGAAUGGAUGGGUUACUUUUUGUUGUACGAAUCCAUGUUGGACACUGUUUUGUGGGCCAGAGACAAGUACCUUGCUCCAGGUGGUUUGAUUCUUCCAGACAAGUGUUCCAUGUACAUUGCUGGUAUUGAAGACCAACAAUACAAGGAUGAAAAGAUCCACUACUGGGAAGAUGUUUAUGGAUUUGAUUACACUCCAUUCAUCAAGGUUGCCAUGGUUGAACCAUUGGUUGACACUGUUGAUAACAACUCCUUGAUCACCACUCCUCACAAGUUUUUCGAAUUUGACAUAAACACUGUCACUAAGGAAGGUUUGGAAUUCCACCGUGAUUUCGAACUUCGUGCCAUUGACAACGACAUGUGUCACGCAUACAUUGUCUGGUGGGAUUGUGAGUUCCCAGGUGAUGACAAGGUUACUCUCUUCACCGGUCCAAUGAAGCAAUACACUCAUUGGAAGCAAACCGUCUUCUACAUGGACCAAGUUUUGGACUGUAAGAAGGGUGACACCAUCAAGGGUUCCAUUGCUCUGAGACCAAACGCCACCAACCCAAGAGAAUUGGAUAUCGAAAUCAACUGGGACUUGGAAACUGAAGCCAAGGAUGCCACCAGAGAACAAAAGGGUAAGUACAACUACUUUAUGCGUUAA